UGCUUCCGCGUCCUUGAUUCAACAUCAAUCCCCCCAAUCCAGCCCCCCCGUCUCCAAAAUGAGCUAUAUCCUCACCCUCUCCUGCCCGGACCGCCCGGGCAUCGUCCACUCCGUGACGGCCUACCUGGUGCAGCACACCCUCAACAUCAUCGACAGCAGUCAGUACGGCGACCCCACCAGCCAGCGUUUCUUCAUGCGCGUCCACUUCAAGGACGAAUCCUCCCCCUCGAAGUCCCUCGCCGACCUGCGCGCCGCCUUUGAACCCACCGCCCAAUCCCUGUCCAUGGACUUUCAGCUCGUUUCCGCAACCACCAAGCCGCGCGUGCUGCUCAUGGUCUCCAAGAUCGGCCACUGCCUCAAUGACCUUCUCUUCCGCGCGUCCACCGGUCAGCUCCCCAUUGACAUCCCGCUGAUCGUGUCCAACCACCCGGACUUCUCCACUCUGGCCGCGACCUACAACAUCCCCUUCGUACACCUCCCCGUGACGGCCGAUACCAAGCCCCAGCAGGAGGGCCGCAUCCUCGAGCUCAUCCGCGAGCACGAUGUCGAGCUGGUCGUCCUGGCCCGGUACAUGCAGGUUCUCUCGCCGACGCUGUGCGAGGCCAUGUCUGGAAAGAUCAUCAACAUCCACCACAGUUUCCUGCCGAGUUUCAAGGGCGCCAAGCCCUACCACCAGGCGUUCGACCGCGGUGUCAAGAUCGUCGGUGCGACGGCGCACUUCGUCACCAGCGACCUGGACGAGGGCCCGAUUAUCGAGCAGAAUGUCGUCCGUGUCAGCCACGGCAUGAGCCCCAAGGAGUUGACGCACGCGGGAUCAAACGUGGAGAGCAAUGUGCUGGCUACCGCGGUCAAGUACUUCGCGGAGCGGAGAGUGCUGCUCAACGGACACAAGACCGUUGUUUUCAACUAGUUUGUCUGUCUUGGUUAGUGGUAUAUAGGGAGAGGUAGGGAGUAUAAUGGUCUGGCGCGCGUGGGGUGACAUGGUAACCAGCAGAUCCACUUCAAGGGGUGGGUAAUCCUGAUGUAUAGCUCUCAGAUGGGGUCAUAAGCAUGUUGAUGGGAUAGCCGAUGGGAAGGGCGCAGGCUAUAUAGAAGAGAACCGGAUCUCCGGCGGUGCGCUUAGGCGCGGAGUAAGCAAUCUCGGAGAGAUUGGAGCAACAAUGAAC